UGUAAAAAAUAAUUAAGACUAUUUAAUAUAUAAUUUUAUUCUUAGAAUAUCAAACCAUAUUAUAUUCAUAGUGAUUUCCGAUCAAAAUACUGGAUAAUCAAGGAGGUUAAUACGGGGUUAAUCUCUUUUAACACGCAUAAGAAUUUGAUCGACCAAAGAUUAAGAUUGAAAGAGAAAUCAAAUAUAAAGUCAUCAAGGGGACGAUGAGGGGAACAACAAGUGAACAAGUGAAAACACAAGAGGAAGAAGGCCUUCCGGUGAUAAUUGGGGGAAUGGUGUUGGAUAUUCACGCCACCCCUUCAAUUCCGGGCAAGCCCAGAACCACCACUCCCGGCAAGGUGGCGUACACACUUGGCGGUGUGGCCAGAAACGUUGCGGAAUGUGUGUCUAAGCUUGGUUCCAAGCCUUACUUGAUAAGUGCUGUGGGUCAGGAUAUGCCAGGGAAUUUGCUUUUGGAGCACUGGAAAUCCGGUGGGCUAUCAGUAAAGGGUAUUCGUAGAGGCAAAGAUAUUGAGACUGCGGUAGUAUGCAAUAUGUUUGAUUCUGACGGUGAGUUGGCGGCUGCAGUUGCUAGUGUGGAAGCUAUAGAGAAAUAUCUCACACCUGAAUGGAUCCAACGAUUCAGAAAUAACAUUCGUAAUACUCCAGUAUUGAUGAUUGAUGCAAAUUUAAGCCCUAUUGCUCUAGAAGCAACAUGCCAAGUGACAGCACAAUACAGUAUUCCUGUGUGGUUUGAACCUGUAUCAGUGACAAAAUCCAAAAGGGUUGCUUCAGUUGCCAAGUAUAUAACUUUUGCUUCCCCUAAUGAAGAUGAACUAAUUGCCAUGGCAAAUGCCGUUUGCGGUGUUACUUUGUUUCAUCCUGUCAAAAUAGAUAACCAUGGCAUUAAGUAUUCACCGGAAUCACUGUUUCGAAUGCUUGCACCAGCAAUCUCAGUUGUGCUCGACAGUGGUAUCAAAGUACUUGUUGUGACUCUUGGAUCUUAUGGGGUACUAUUAUGUUCGCAAAGCAUAUCUUGCUUUAAGAAAGUUCAUGGAUUUAAAAGAAAUAAAUCUAGUGACUUUAGCAAACAGUUAUACGAAGUUGUAAAUUCCCUUUGUACUCCAGAUAGAUUAUUCAAUGCUUCCGUGAAUAAUAAAAGCAAUAAUCUCUUUGUGGUGUACUAUCCUGCAAUCUCUGCGUCUGUUGUGAGGCUUACUGGGGCUGGGGACUGCUUAGUUGGUGGGACCUUGGCUUCUAUUUGUUCAGGUUUGGACGUUAUGCAAAGCGUAGCAGUUGGUGUUGCAGCAGCAAAAGCCGCAGUUGAAGCAGAAUCAAAUGUGCCUGCAGAAUAUAACUUGGCUAGCAUUGCAGAUGAUGCCAGUCGAAGCAAAAUAUCUUAUCGGUUGAGCAAAUCUUGCAUAAUAUCCUACCAAUCCUAUUUAACCGACCAUCAUAGCCCCGUACUCAAAAAUAGUUAUUUGAUCAACUUUUAUAUAUUAAUCAAAAACAUAUCAAUACUCUGCUCCAAAACCUCAAACGAACCUCUAAACAGGGCCAUAUACUACAGGACUACAUGCAUCACCAGGAUAACUGCAAUGCUAAAAGGGUCCCUGAUAGAUGGUGUUGUGGGCCAUGCCCGCGCCAUAAAAGCUGGCUUCACCUCAACCGUAUUCACCUGCAACCAGCUCAUUCACGUCUACUCCCAGCAUGGUCUCAUUCAAGACUCCCGCAAGCUGUUUGAUGAAAUGCCUGAACGAAAUGUGUUUUCUUGGAAUGCCAUCAUCUCUGCAUACAUUAAAGCUCACAACUUUUCGCAAGCUGAAGCUUUAUUCAAAACUGCCCCUGUUAAAGAUUCAGUCACUUACAAUACUAUGUUUUCUGGGUACGUGAAUUCGGAUGGCUACGAGGGGCAUGCGGUGAAGUUGUUCCUUGAAAUGCAGGUUGUUGGAGAUAAAGCUGUGAUUGAUGAGUUCACAUUAACUGCCUUGCUUAAUCUUACUGCUAAGUUGGGUAUUGUAUCUUAUGGUUGGCAAUUGCAUUGUCGUAUGCUGAAGACUGCGAAUAAUUUUAGUGGCUUUGCUACGAGUGCGUUGAUUGACAUGUAUUCGAAGUGUGAGUGGUUUGAGGAAGCUCGUCGAGUGUUUGAUGGAUGUUUUGGUGGUGAUUUGGUGACGAAGAAUGCGAUGGUGGCUGCUUGUUGUAGGGAAGGCGAAAUGGAGAUGGCUUGGGAUCUUUUUUGGAGGGAAUUGGAGUUAGCUGAUACGGUUUCUUGGAACACAUUAAUAAUGGGGUAUACUCAAAAUGGGCGUGAGGAGGAGGCAAUUGAGUUGUUUCGUUGCAUGGGUGAGGAAGGAUUUAGGUGGAAUGACCACACUAUUGUUGGUUUGUUGAGUGCCUGUUCUGGUUUAAAGAAUUUGAAACUUGGGAAGGAAGUUCAUGCUACGGUUCUGAAAAACCAAAUGAAUUACAAUCCUUUUGUGAGCAGUGGCAUUGUUGAUGUUUAUUGUAAGUGUGGUGAUAUGAAUUCUGCUGAAUCAGUUUAUUCAUCAACUGGGAUGGAGAACACAUUUUCAGUCACUUCAAUGAUCGUUGGAUAUUCUCUGCGAGGUAAUAUGGUAGAUGCAAAAAUGCUUUUUGAUUCGUUGACAGAAAGGAAUUCUGUUGUUUGGACUGCUAUGUUCUCUGGGUAUGUGAGAUCUCAGCAAUGUGACGAGGUUUUUGAGCUAUUCAAUCAGUUCAUAGUGAAGGAAGCAACACUGCAGGAUCCUCUUAUUCUCAUGAGUAUGCUGGGGUCCUGUGCAGUAAAAGCAAUAGUGGAUCCUGGAAAGCAAAUUCAUGCUUACUUAUAUAGAAUGGGAAUGGAAAUGGAUGUGAAGAUGUUGAGCGCGAUGAUUGAUAUGUACUCUAAAUGUGGAAAUAUAAAAUAUGCGCAGAGUAUCUUUCGAAAAAUUAGUGCCAGGGAUACAGUCCUUUAUAAUGUGAUGAUAGCUGGCUAUGCUCACCAUGGGUUUGAAUACCAGGCUCUUCGGCAUUUCGAGGAAAUGAAGGAGAGGGGACUCAUACCAGAUGCAGGCACCUUCGUUGCUGUUCUAUCAGCAUGUCGUCAUUGCGGCAUAGUAGAACUGGGUGAAAUGUACUUCACCUACAUGACCAAAGAUUAUGCUAUAUUACCUGAAAUUGAUCAUUAUGCGUGCUUGAUUGAUUUGUAUGGAAGAGCUAAUCAGCUGGAGAAAGCUGUGGCCUUAAUGAGAGAGAUGCCUGUAGAACCAGACGCUGUUAUACUGGGGACCUUCCUAAAUGCUUGCAAGAUGAACAGGAAUCUUGAACUUGCAAGAGAAACAGAGGAAAAGCUAUUGAAAAUCGAAGAAGGGAACGGAGCAAGAUAUGUGCAAUUGGCUAAUAUUUACGCCUCCGAGGGGAAAUGGGAUGAAAUGGGAAGAAUAAGAAAAAAGAUGAGGGGAAACGAAGUGAAGAAGUCUGCUGGUUGCAGUUGGGCGCAUGUUGGAAAUAAAGUUCAUAUCUUCACGUCUGGCGAUAAGUUGCAUUCAGAAACAGAUGCUAUAUAUGAUCUGUUAGAUAGUUUGAAUCCAAAACUUGUAGAGGGGGGAUGCAUUGAGUGCAGAUGAAACUGUCAACUGCGAAUGUCAACAUCGCCAACUAGUGUGAAAUGAAUUUACCGACUUGGGGUCAUAAUGUUAUGUACUUAUAACAUUGUUACUACUUCAUGGAGCGAAUGGUGAAUUCGACUUCCAAAUUUUCUGGAACCAUUAUUAUUCUUUCACCAUCAGACCACAGGAUUGCAAUUUGAGGAACCCAACACAUAUCAAUGAAAAGACAGCUAAAGUCCACUGCAAUGAAAAGGUGCAGGCUGCAGACACUGUUUGGCUGAUCGAAAUUUAUCUCCUGUGACGUGGAAAACAGCCUUUACUCGUUGAUUAGUAACCAUGUUGAUGAAAAACAUGAUGAUGAGUUAGACUGCAUUCAAGUCUAGACACGUGUUAUAUAAGCAACCCAAACCAUACUCCGUAUUAGAUUAAAAACAUGAUGAUUGGGAGGUAAUUUUUUCAUGACAAUCAAAUUGACCAGAAAAGCACAUAAAAUUAUGAAACAUUGCAUCACGCAUGUUCAUUUUAUUUGUUGCAGUUUACAAACGUGUUGUGACAAUUCCUUUCUGUUCUUGGCGACAUUUUCUGUUGGGUCCAAAUUAUAAAGCUAACACUGAUCUGAUUUAGGUUGUGUUCACUUACAUUGAAUGAAAUGGAGGGAGAAUGGAAUGAAUUUUAUACUCUA